AUGGAACAUCAUAAUAAAAUAAAAACCGAAACGCUAGAAAAGAAAGGACAUGAUUAUUACAAUUGCAUAUGUGAGGCAAUUAAGGAAAAAAAUUCAUCCUUCAGUAGCCUUGCUGAUGUUGUAAAGCUUCCAGAUUUAAGUGACAUGUGGGAAAGCAAGAACAGCGCCGAUAACUUAUAUGAUAUAUUUAAAGAAUACAAAGCCCAGGAGCAGAUUUCUAUUAAAAAUGAUCUAACAGAAGACCAAGAAAAAGAAAUAUGCAAUGCAAUAGACCAAAAGAUAAAAAAAUCCAUAUGUGAGAACGCUUUAAAUAAGCUAAAGAGUAAAAUAGAUGAAAAUGGUUCUAUUCUGCUAGGUAUAAAUCGCUAUAUAGGUGACUAUAGCAAUUAUAGCAAUGAUAAAGCUCUUGAAUACUUGUAUAAUAAUAAAAGUAUGAUAGAGAAUGAAUUUUCCAAUUUAUUAGUUGUGUGCAGAAAUAUGUAUACUACAAAAGAAUAUUUUGAGAACCUAUUAAACAAAGAAAUAAGCAAUGGAAGAAAUAGCUUACCUACAUACGAAAUGUCAAAAGAUAAAAAGAAACUAUGUAUAAUAGCAGUAGUUGUAUUUGUUUUUGCUAUUUCCUUAGUAACAGGUGCAAUAUUUAUGCUGAAGUUCAGUUCAAAGAAAGCUGUCUAAACUCGGAUAGUCCUUUAAGUAGUAUAGUAUCGCUUUCUGUUAAAUACAGG